UAAUGAAAAUUUUUCAGUUACUGAACUUACCCGCCAUUCGAAUUCAGAGUGUCGAAGAAGGUGCGUGUGGCUAUGAUGAUGAUGAUGAUGAACAACAAUGGCCAAACGAGGCAGAAAUGGUAGCUGAAGUGAGACAGAGAGUUUCUAACAUGGCAGGGGUUACGAACGAGGAAGUUCGAAUUGUGGCAUCUUCCUAUCGAAUUUGUCCUUUAGGGGCUCAUAUUGAUCAGCAGGAGAUUUUGAAGAGCAAGUUCGGUGCAGGUUUAUCAGUGAUCAUAAAGUCUUGUUGUUUUCUCUUAAGUAUUUUGUUGAAGUUUUCACCCCAUCACUUGUAAAAUUAUCCUGUCAGCUGCAUUCACUCGGAUGUGUGCCACUUCUGUGGAAAUAAUUAGUCUUACAACUUGGGCCUAGUGUCAAUUGUGAUACUAACUAGCUCGUUGGCAUUUCAACUGUCAGUUAUGAUCUUGUGUUAUUCUCAUUUUCAUUGUUGUAUCUUUUCUUACCUUCUCUUCCACUUUAUAUUAAAAACCUUGUUUGGCUAGGGAUUUCUAUGUAUAUCCUUGCUGCCUACUCCAAUUAUGCAUUUUUUUAUUAAUAAUAUGCUGAGUUACUGGAUCACCAAAUCAUAAUUUUCUUGCAUGAGUGAUUGUUAUUUUUUUUUUCUUUAGUCAUAAACUUUGAUAUUUGA